AUUAAGUACAAUUAUUGUGUAACAAGAUAUUAUUUUGAAUUUAAUAUAUGGGAACAAAAAUGAAUAAAUUUGUUUUUUAUAUACUUAUAAUUGGAAUCAUUACAAUAAUUCAAAUGAAUAAUUUUGUAUUUGCUUUAAAACCACGGGGUCAAAAUUUUCAAUAUUUUGAAAGACCAUCAUAUCGUUACCCAUAUUAUGACGAAAAUGGACGUGGAAAACUUCUUUAUGGUUAUGGAGGACCUGAUUUAUAUACGUAUAAAGCCUAUACUCCGUUAGAAGGAAUUCAUUAGCAAUGCAUUAAUUUAUUAAUUUUGCUUUUUGGUAGUAGAAAUUAAUUAACUAUGCGUACAUACAUACAUAAGAAAAUAUUUUGCAAAUUAAGUUUCAAAAUAUGUCAAGUAGUUUGUAAUUUAAUGACACGCUUUUUAUUGGUACAAUUUAUUUUGUAAAGUGUAAAUUAUAAAAAAUAUUCUAUAAAAAUUUGCAGUUUAGUGGAAACUUUUAAUUAAUCGAUUAUUUAUAG